GAACGAAUAUUUCACUGUAUUUGCAACCAACAAAAAAAAACAGAAAGCAGAGUAGAAUUUCCCUUCUGCUUCUCUCCAUCUGAUUCUCAGAGACUAGAGAAUUUCACUCUAGAGCUCUGGCAGUGCCGCAAAACCCAUCCAAAACCCUGAAUCCAAUCCGAUCCAAGCCAAUCCAACGUCAACCGCAAUGCAAACAAUGACAGUGAGAGCUCUGCCAGUGCCGCCACUUCGAUAAGGCGAUGAAACUCUCAACUCUGUUCCUCCGACCCGCCUCCUCUCCCGAACGACCAUGCUUCUACCGUCGCAAAACUGUUACCUGCAAUCUAAUCUUGUCCACUCUCCAUAACUCCAGUCCAAUGGAAGACGCUUUGGAAUACCUACUCCCCCAUCUCUCAUCCAAAAUCGUCACCUCCGUUAUCCAACAAGUGCCGAACCCGAAACUGGGGUUCCGAUUCUUCAUCUGGUCAACGCGAACAGAACUGCUCCGCAGCCGGGCCUCUGAUAGCCUCAUUGUUGACAUGCUCGUUAAGGACAAACAUGGCUUUGACUUGUACUGGGAAACUCUCCGAGACCUCAAAAACUUUCAAAUUCCGAUUACUUCCAAUGCUUUUAGAGUGUUAAUUGCAGGAUAUGUCAAGAUGGGUAUGGCUGAAAAGGCCGUGGAAGCCUUCUCUACAAUGAAGGAUUUCGAUUGUAAGCCUGAUGUGUUUACUUACAACUGUAUAUUACAUGUUAUGGUGCAAAAGGAGGUCUUUUUGUUAGCGUUAGCGGUAUAUAAUCAAAUGUUGAGGUCUAAUUGUAGUCCGGAUUUAGCUACCUAUAACAUCUUGAUUAACGGGUUUUACAAAACUGGCAAGACUCAGGAUGCACUCAAGUUGUUUGAUGAAAUAAUCCAGAGGGGCAUAUCACCAAACGAGAUAACUUGUACUAUUAUUGUUUCGGGUUUGUGCCAGGCGAAGAGGCUCGAUGAGGCGCAUAGAUUGUUCAAUACGAUGAAAGAGAGUGGACGGUGUCCUGAUGCGAUUACUUGCAGUGCGUUGCUUAAUGGGUUCUGUAAAUGGGGUAGGCUUGAUGAAGCUUAUGCGCUUUUGCGAACCUUUGAGAGGGAUGGUUUUGUUCUUGGACUCGUUGGGUACAGUUGUUUGAUUGAUGGCUUGUUUAGAGCUAAAAGAUAUAAUGAAGCACGUGCGUGGUUCAGAAAAAUGCUUAAGCAGGACAUCAAGCCGGAUGUUGUUCUGUACACUAUAAUGAUUCUGGGGUUAUCAAAUGCGGGUAGGGUUCAGGAUGCAUUGAAAUUGUUAGGUGAGAUGACUCAGAGGGAUUUGGCUCCGGAUACUUCUUGUUAUAAUGCUGUGAUUAAAGGGUUAUGUGAUAUCGGCCUUUUGGAUAAGGCUCUGUCUCUCCAACUUGAGAUUUCAAAGCAAGAUUGCUUCCCUAAUGCCAGCACUUAUACUCUUCUCAUUUGUGGAAUGUGUAGGAAUGGGCUGGUCCAGGAGGCACAACAGAUAUUCAAUGAUAUGGAGAAGCUUGGGUGUGUUCCUUCUGUUGUGACCUUCAAUGCUCUUAUUGAUGGACUUUGUAAGGCUGGUCAGCUUGAGGAAGCUCAUAUUUUGUUUUACAAGAUGGAGAUAGGGAGAAAUCCUUCCUUAUUUCUUCGGCUUUCUCAAGGUGCCAACCGGGUUCUUGAUAGGGUUAGCCUCCAAACAAUGGUGGAGCAAUUGUGCGAGUCGGGAUUAAUUCUCAAAGCCUACAAACUUCUCACGCAGCUUGCUGAUAAUGGGGUUGUGCCCGAUAUCAUAACUUACAACAUUCUGAUCAACGGUUUUUGCAAGGCUAGGAACAUUAAUGGUGCUUUCAAACUCUUCAAGGACCUGCAACUAAAAGGACUCUCUCCAGAUUGCAUUACAUAUGGAACACUUAUAGAUGCGCUUUAUAGGGUUGCCAGAGAAGAGGAUGCAUUUCGGCUCUUCGAUCAAAUGCAGAAGAAUGGGAUUACACCUAGCUUUUCAGUUUAUAAAUCACUUAUGACCUGGUCAUGCAGGAAAAGAAAGGUUUCAUUAGCUUUUAGUCUUUGGUUAAUGUAUAUGAGGAGCCUUCCAGGCAGGGACGAGGAAGCCAUCAAAGUAGUAGAGGAACAUUUUGAGAAAGGAGAGGUGGAAAAGGCGAUCCGAGGCAUACUUGAAAUGGAUUUUAAAAUGAAAGAUUUUGAUCGAGGGCCGUAUACCAUUUUGCUCAUUGGGUUUUGUCAGGCAAGAAGAGUAGACGAAGCUUUGGCGAUAUUUUCUGUUCUUCAGGAUUGCAAGAUAAUUGUUACUCCCCCAAGUUGUGCUAAGUUGAUUCACUGUCUCUGCGGAGAAGGGAAUCUGGACCUGGCGAUAAAUGUGUUCCUGUAUACUAUAGAGAACGGUUUCAUGUUGAUGCCACGGAUUUGCAACCGGCUUCUUAAGUCUGUACUUCGUUCCCAAGAUAAGAAGGAGCAUGUCCUGGAUCUUGCAAGUAAAAUGAAGUCUUUUGGAUAUGAUUUGGAUGUCUAUCUUUACCGGACUACAAAGGCCCUUCUGCAUGGUCACAGGAAUUCACGGGAAAUGGAAUUUAUGUCCCGUGGAUAAUUAUUGGCUACGGCAGAGGAUUUACAGACAAUAACGUAUGAUUUUGGCACAAUUUGUUUACCUCAUAUCUUCAUUGGGACAGCUGUUGUAAAACAAUAGGCUCGAUUGAUAUUGACAACCACCCUCCCUCCAUGAAAUCCUUCUUUUUUUUUUUCCCAGCCUUGUAGGUUUAGGUACCUGGUGGGGUGUAAUUGGUUGUUAUGGUUGGUGCGUGUUAACAAAACUGAAGAAGUGGAUGGCAUGACUCAUUUCCUAUGCUUCCUAGAAUUUUUUAAUGCAUACCUGAUUUUUUUUUGUAACAUUAUUAACUUGAAUGAGCAAAGGAGAUUCAUUUUGUCUAAA